UAUUCAAGGACCAAGUGCAGCUGGUAACGACCUAGGUCUCAGGCAAGGCCCCCAGCCAUCAUGGCAGCCACAUCUCCCUUCACAGGAUAUCGCCAAGUGGAAUCCUUCGGUCCCGAUGAAGAGUAUCUAUCAGAAGACGAGGUCUCCUACGUCACGCUUGACCUCGGUACUGUUGAGCCAACCCUACUUCCCAGCAGCUCAACCUAUAGGCUUGUAGGCUUGGAUACGCCUACGCCAUUUCUGCAGCUUUCUGGUUCGUUCUUCCGGGGUCGGCAUGAUACGCUCCUUGGAUCGGAGCUUUUAUUCACGGAGGGUAAAACUGAUUCUGAAAGAAAUACGCGAGCUUUAACGCAUGUCGGCGUCACCGAGCGACGUAUCCGAUUCAAGGAGGUGCAGCUACAGGAGAAGUCUCCCGAACGAUUGCAUGAAGCUCCUGCUGGUAAUGCUCCUAGCCAUGACGCGCCAGCGGAAGAUUCGGGUCGCGCACUUGGACGCAUGACUGGGAGUGUUGCCGAGGCUCCACCUAGAAAACGCAAGAAACGACGCAACAAGGGGAAGGAGAAGGAGAUGUCUCCUCAAGAUGAGGGGAAGGACGACGCUCUGGAUACCAGUUAACGUUAUUAUCAAGGUGGUUUGUGCUUUCUAUAUGAUCGUCCUGCUAGCGUCGGGAGUGUAACCGCAAAUCCCUCGAGAACAGCACCAAAGACCACCAACUUCUUAUGCAGCCUGAAAAAAUUGGUUCAUGUAAAU